AUGUCUGAAGAGUUCAACUUUCAACUGCGCUCUGGUGAGCAGCUGCCAAUUCUCUCAGAUACACGCACUAUGAUGGCAGAACGUCAUCAGAGUGCCCCAAUACCUUCCAUGAUCCGCCCAGAAAGUCUGGCGCCAGCCUCGCGACCCCAUAGCAUUAUGAGCACAGGGUCUGCAGGAAGCCGCGAUCGUCAUACUCUGGUUGCGAAAUAUCUUCAAAGACGAUGCAGUGCUGCAAAAUGGCUUCAACCUAUCGAGGAGGAGAAUGGCACCAUCAACGAAUCGUCGUGGGUGGGUGUUGCUAUGCGGCUUCCGGAUGGUAGUUACUACACUGAGCCACCAAACGUUGAUAACAACUUUUACACCGUGAUGCAAUAUCUUGGUUGCAAAGUUGCCUUUACAAUGUCUUCAGAUAUCACUGCAGCAUUGAUGGACCAAAUUGGCCCUUUUCAAACAGAAGUCCAAGUACAUCCACGCGGAAUCAGACUUCCAAUUGUCCAAAAUCUCUCAGAACUUGCAUACGGAGGUACUGGAGUAUCAAAGAAGUCGUACUUAUGUGUGUUGAGAGAAGAGAGGCUUGUUCUCAUUUGGAAUGAAUCGGUUGAAAGUAUUAUGACCCACGGUGCAGAUGUUGAAGGUAUUCUCGUUGGUCUGAUCUGGGGAUCUCACAUUGGUACCAUGACAGCUACUUCUCCAUACGCAUCCAUGACUCCACCUAUUGGACAGACGCCAGGUCAAACUCCCGGACGAACCCCAUCGGCCAUCAGUGAGGACCCUGAAUUUAAUGAAAAAAUGAACAUUGUUCAAGCCGCGAUCGAGCGCGAAGAAAACAAAGACACAAUCUUCAAUCCAGAUAUCGAGGCCGCGGCACCACCAGAAAGGCCCUUUCUGUUAUUACAUGCUGGUGUCAUUGGAUUUGCCAUGACUUUGGUGGUAUUCGUAGAGAUGCUUUGUGCGUCGCGAUUAAUAACAGAGUAUCAAUGGGACGGUGGUGUACUUAGGUUUGCACUUGUCGCCGUUAUUCCAUUCUUCGUUUCCUUCUCUCUGUUUUUCAUGGUUGUCAUUGCGGGAAGCCUAUUCCAAUUAUUUGGACCGUUGACAUAUGUUCGGAAGAAUUCUCAGUUCUAUUCGGCCAAGCCGCCCAAGAGGGGCCGUUACCCCGACUUAGAGCUGCCACACAUCACCAUUCAGAUGCCAGUAUAUAAAGAAGGAUUAAAAGGUGUUAUUAUUCCCACUGUCACCAGUAUACUGGCUGCUAUUCGUUACUAUGAAGCACAAGGAGGCUCUGCUUCAAUCUACGUCAAUGAGGAUGGAAUGCAAGCUGUAGAUCCCGAGCUGUGUGAAGCUCGAAAGACAUUUUAUGAGUUGAACAAUAUCGGCUACUGCUCGCGCCCAAAGCAUACCCACAGCAAAAAGAAAUGGUAUCAGGGAAAGAAGGUACAAGAUAACCCCGAAGGAUUCCAGCGAAAGGGCCAAUUCAAAAAAGCAUCGAACAUGAACUACUGUCUCAGUUUCUCUAUUCGAGUUGAAGACGAGUUACUGAGACUGAUUGCUGCAAAAACUGCAGCGGAAGAUAGACCCCAAGGCGAUAUCACUCCAGAUGAGGAAGAUGUGCUUUACAAGCAGGCACUAGCGACUUGUCUCGAGCAAGAUGAAGGACGGACUAUGGCUGGAGGUAAUGUUCGUAUCGGUGAUAUCAUUUUAAUCAUUGACAGCGACACUCGAGUGCCUGAAGACUGCCUUUUGUUAGGCGCAUUGGAAAUGCACGAGAGUCCUCAAGUGGCUAUUCUACAACAUGCCUCCGGGGUCAUGCAAGUUGCUAAUAAUCCUUUCGAAAACGGAAUUACUUACUUCACAAACCUCAUCUACAUGUCUAUUACCUUCGCAGUAGGAAAUGGUGAUUGUGCUCCAUUUGUUGGCCACAAUGCCUUUCUACGAUGGAAAGCUGUACAGAGCGUAGCUUAUGAAGAAGAUGGACAAUUAAAGUUCUGGUCUGAUGAUCACGUCUCCGAGGACUUUGACAUGAGUCUUCGACUUCAAAUGGCCAAAUUUAUCGUGAGACUGGCAACUUACCACGAGGGUGGUUUCAAAGAAGGUGUAUCACUUACUGUUUAUGACGAACUUGCUCGAUGGGAGAAAUACGCAUAUGGAUGUAACGAAUUAGUCUUCAAUCCCAUCUACAAGUGGUGGCGAGGCCCAUUCACGAAAAUUUUUAUGAGAUUCCUUUGGAGUGACAUCAAGCUCACCUCUAAAAUCACUAUUCUAGCUUAUAUCGGAACUUACUACGCAAUUGCCUGUGCCAUUCCACUUACCUUGGCAAACUAUAUCAUGGUCGGCUGGUUCAAUGACUCACUAGAUCAAUUCUACCUCACCUCCUGGAAAAUAUUCGUCGGUAUGGCCGUAAUUUUCAACGUCCUCUCACCCCUCGCCUUCGCCAUGUUACGUCAUCGCCUUGGCGAAAAAGUCUUCGUCUCCUCCAUAGUUGAAACCGCAAAAUGGACUCCCAUGUUUGUUCUCUUCUUUGGUGGCAUAUCCUUCCAUCUUUUGACUGCCAUCUUAUGCCAUUUCUUCAGCAUCAAAAUGGAAUGGACAGCUACCGCCAAAGAAGUCGAAGCUGGUGGCUUUAGAAUUGGUUUAGAUAAAAUCUUUCGUGAUUUCAAGUGGAUGUAUCUAGUGAUGAUUCCAGUUUUGGGGGGAAUGGUGUACUUGGGAGCUUUUGCACCUCGUGGCUUCGAAAUAACGGACUUCACAGCCAUCGUACCCCUUUCAAAUCAAGUGGCAUGCCAUAUUCUACUUCCUUUUGCGCUAGGACUUUUCUAG